GCCACAGCUGCCUCCUGAGGAGUGGUCUUGGUAAGGAAGCGGUCGCCGCGCCCAGCUUUGUCGGAAGCACCUCUGCCCCCCUGCAGCCCUCGCACGGUAAUGACCAUGGACAAAAGUGAGCUGGUACAGAAAGCCAAACUCGCUGAGCAGGCUGAGCGCUAUGAUGAUAUGGCUGCGGCCAUGAAGGCGGUCACUGAACAGGGGCACGAACUCUCCAAUGAAGAGAGGAAUCUGCUCUCUGUUGCCUACAAGAAUGUGGUAGGUGCCCGUCGGUCCUCCUGGCGUGUCAUCUCCAGCAUUGAGCAGAAAACAGAGAGGAACGAAAAGAAGCAGCAGAUGGGCAAAGAAUAUCGGGAGAAGAUCGAGGCAGAGCUGCAGGACAUCUGCAAUGACGUUCUGGAGCUGUUGGACAAAUACCUUAUUCCCAAUGCUACCCAACCAGAAAGUAAGGUGUUCUACUUGAAAAUGAAAGGAGAUUAUUUUAGGUAUCUUUCUGAGGUGGCAUCUGGAGAUAAUAAACAAACCACUGUGUCGAACUCCCAGCAGGCUUACCAGGAAGCAUUUGAAAUUAGUAAGAAAGAAAUGCAGCCUACACACCCAAUUCGACUUGGCCUGGCACUUAAUUUCUCAGUCUUCUACUACGAGAUUCUGAACUCUCCUGAAAAGGCCUGCAGCCUGGCAAAAACGGCAUUUGAUGAAGCCAUCGCUGAAUUGGAUACACUGAAUGAAGAGUCUUACAAAGACAGCACACUGAUCAUGCAGUUACUUAGGGACAAUCUCACUCUAUGGACGUCGGAAAACCAGGGCGAUGAAGGAGAUGCUGGGGAGGGAGAAAACUAAUGUCUGUUGUGCUCUGUGAUCUGUUCAGUGUCACUCUGUACCCUCCACAUAUAUCCCUUUGUGUGAUAAAAAGAAAAAGAAAAAAAAAAUUCGUACAUCGACUUUUCGAUUUUUCACAGCCUCAGUCUAGCAAAAGUGGUCCAUGGGAUAAACAGUUGGUAUCAAUCUAAAACUCAGAUUGGUCACAUAAAUGCCACAGCAUUUUGAAGUUUUGAUUUCAAUUAACAUUGACAGGAUUACUGUGUUUAAUUUUUAAAAACUGAACACUGUGAUUAUGGAGUUUUGUAACUUAGCAGAACUCUUACUGGUAGAAAAAUAGACCUGAAUUAUGUGUAACUUUUUGGGAAAUUUAAUCUGAUCAAAAUAAUCGCUAAAACACAAUUCUGUUGUAAAGUUGUACAGAAAGUUAUAGAUUUUAUUGUGAUGCUGGGAUGUGGAGUGAGGCACCUACCAUUUGGCAUCCAAGAUUAAUGGUGAUUCACAGUAAUUCUUUUGUGGUUCAGGUUACAGACACUUGACCGGUUUGGGCUGUUGCCACUUUAAAGUUCAUAACCACAAACGUCUACAGUGUCUUCCUCUAAGGAAACUCAAAGCCUGAAAUUGAAAUUCUUUGUGGCAGAUAACUGGGUUUUGACAACCGUGAAAAGGUCCAGUGCUUUUCAUCCUGUCACUCAGCUCCCUUUCCUAUGGCAGUAGUUACUGAUUUGCAACUUGUGAAAACAGUGGGGUCUUUUUUUCUUAUCACCACUUACCUAAGGGAAGCACCCUGUGUUUGCUGGAUAACACCUUUAAAAAUAAUGCUCUAUAGAGAUCACCUCUCACUUGAAGAAUACUCAAGUGAGAGCGCUUUGGGUUUGUCCUAGCUUCGAGCAUUUCAAGUUUGAAAUUGAAACAUUCUUCCCCCUGUCCUUUCAGCUGUUAACUUUGGUUUCCUUUUCCUCUUUAUGUGCUGUUUCCUUACAACUUUUCUUUCAGAAUUUUCUUUGUCUUCUGUUCACUUUUUGUACUGUAUGGACA